AUGUCUGCACUAAACAAAUUUCCUGACUCCGCCCCUGAUAAGAUCGGCCAUGAAGUCACAAUAGCAACAGGACAUGUGGACAUUAUUCUAGUGUUCAUCUCAUUCUCUGCUUUUAAUGCUUUUCCACUCCUUAAAAACACCCCAAUCCCCCCAGAGUCUUCUUUACAGUUAGAUGAUCAACAGAGAAAGAAAAGAAACAAAAUGCACAGCUUCCAGAAAAUCUAUCUCCUUCAAUUUCUUCUCAUCUUACUGAGCAUUUUCUUUCCGAAAUCUAUAUCUCAAGAAACCACCGAGUCCGAGAGGUAUAUUGAUAGUAUAAGGAACAUACACUCAUGCUCAGAACAAAAUUCCUCAAUUUGUUAUGAUCAUAUUCCGGUUCAUGUGCCGAAUCCUUGCGAUGAGUGUAAAAAGCCUGAUGGAAAUUGUGGAGCUGGGUUAAGAUGCGUUUGCCAUCCAAAAGAGUGCAAGGAUAAGGUGAUUUCAGUUGGUGCAGUUCUGAAGCCUUGGUGUAACAUUGUUUUUUCUCCACUUAUUUUCCUCAUUUUAAAGGACUAUUUGCCGGCCUUUUGAGGUUGUUUUAUUUUCUUCUCUCUCCGAAACUUCAAAUAUCGUUGUGAACCCGAAUGACACUAGAUUCAGUCGAACAACUUGGAAGAAAUGCUCAGUUGCUUAGAGACACGACAAAUUUAUUUAUUUAAAUUGUGUGCUGUCAUUUUCUAUGUACAUAAUUUUCAUAUAAGGCAGUUCAGACGUAAACCUACCUCCAAUGUCCAGACAGAAGGGAUGGUUAGUGGUGAUCAUCCUUUAUCUUCUUUUAAUGAAAUGUAAUACUGAUUUCAUGAAUCUUCUUUUGCUUUA